UGAGGAAACGGUGUCUUGCUGUCUGGCUAAGAAGUCGAUGCACCGUUCUGUGGAUUUAUUUCUAUAUCUAAAGAGCUCCACAACUUUAAAAAAAGGAAAUACACACGGCUACUUUGGAGUUAAAGGAGGAUUUAAGUAGUUAGCUCGUUAACGUUAUUUAUAUUAAUUACAUUUUUCAUGCGUGACAUUAAUCGUUGCGCGGCCUUGGCUUUGGAACAACGGCGUCAUCACCUGCAAAACAAAAGCUUAACAAACUCCUACCUAUAUUUUAUGUUCAAGCAUCAAUGGGAAACUUCGCAGCAGCAGCAAAAAGGGCAUUCUACAAGGAAAAGGUUGACAAUGCUACAGACGUUUGUAAACCGUUGUUUGAACAGCUGAACUUUGUAACUAUUGGAUGCCACUGUGCUGGGAAAAGUGAAGUAUGUAAUGCCAUACUUGGGAAAAAGACAUUUAGAUUUUGGUACUUAUGGAAAAAAACGCAUGUGAAGGAUACACAUGAAGCAAGUGGGAGGAGAAUAACAGUUACCCGUGCACCUGGCUGGAAUGAGAACAACCUCAGCCAACGUAAAGUACAAACAGAGAUAUUGUCCUGUGUAAAUAAGUCCUUCAAAGCUGGACUUCAUGCGGUUGUCUUUGUUGUGAAUGCUAAUAGACCCUUCUCAGAUCAAACAACCAGAACCCUAGAAGGGUUUCUCCCAGAGAAGGUGUGGGAUCAUACCAUCGUGGUGCUUCAUAAUGCAGAAGCUGAUGGUGAUGAGCUUGACGCCAUCUUACAGACAGACAGAUCUCUCCAGAACCUCAUUCAGAAAUGUGGAAACCGAUGUUGUGUACUCAACAGGAAAUCCAUAUGUGGUGUCAUUGACAGCCUUGAGGAAAUGAUAGCGGAGAAAAAAAGUAUUUACUUUGGAAAAAAUGUUGAGAUGGAAGAGAAGGCAAAAAAAAGCGUCAUAAAAAAGCUCAGGUGCAACAUUGAAUGUCUUAAAAAGCAAAGAAAUGAAAAUCUUGAACAACUUGAGGAGGUUCCAUGGAAAAACAAAAAAAAUGAGCUUCAGAAGAUUAUAGCACUGAUAGAUGUUGAAAUACGAAACCUUCAAGAGAUCUGCCAUAAACAGGAGGAAGAACUGGAAUCAUUACGGCAAGAAAAAUGCUCCGAUGUCUCGUUACAAGGAUGUCAACAGCUUCCAAAUAAAGAUCAGCAGAUUGCACAGCAGGAGGAAGAGAUAGCUCAACCAAGAGCGAUCCCCUCUCAUGUGGGACCAGUACCAAUCAGGUGCAAGAACAAGCGAUGGCCACGGCAAAAAUGGCGACGGCAACAAUGGCGGUGGAAAAGGAAAUGCGGAAAAUCGAAAAGGACAAAGACAUUAGGCAAAGAGAAACUGCAUCCAGGUGAAACACCCUGUCUGGAAAGCGAAUGGUCAAAGAAAUUACUGGAGAUUUUGAAUAACCUAACUAAACGCGAAUUCAAGGAAUUUAUGUUUCAUCUACGCCAACAAAUCACAAUACCUGAAGCUGAAUCACUUGACAGAGUGGAUCUUGCUGAUAUAAUGCUAAAGGUAUGGGGUACAUCCCAGUGUAUCAGCAAAACUGAGGAUCUGCUGAAAGAUAUCCAGCGUAAUGAUUUGGUGGAAAAACUAAAUACAUUUAGGAAAGGUGAGUCAUUUUAUGCACUUAAAUCUUUUUAAAAUCCUGAUCCCUUCUGCCAAUAUUUAUAUAACUCCCCUGACCUCACAGUUUGCCUUCAUUUACAUAGAAGUUACUUUCAUUUAGCUGACUUAAAAUUGUGUAUCAGUGUAGAUGUGAAAAUAACUGCCCUUCUCUUCCCUUUUCCCUCUCUCAUCCCGAACCUUCCUUUCAUGCUGUUCUCUACUUCGCUCUCUUUUAUUCCCACUUUUCUGCCUCAUUACCCUUCUUUCUCCCACUUUAUCCGCUUUGCUCCAGUCUACUUCCAGACAUUUCCACUCCAUGUUGUCUCAUCUAAUCUCUUAGAUCAGGAGAACAUCCCAGACUCUCCUUUCAUACUGUUCAGGAUUCUGAUCUCGCUGAAGACUUGUGUGUUCAACCUUUGGACAAGAUCCGGGAACCAUGCGCCCUAUUAGCAAAAUGAUAACAUCAUGUUGACAGUGUCAUGAUGCCCUUAACCUGUCCAAGGAAACAGAAAAUCGUCCAAGCAGCAACAACACAAAUCUGUUUUUGAGGUCUUUUUUUCUUUGCUUGAAUAUCUGCAAAGAUGGAUAGGUCAGUUAGAUAAUCUCAGGUUCAGUUCUUAGGCUAUACUCUGGGACUCUAACCAAAAGACUGUAAAUACUGCAGACUUUAACAUUUAAGGAUAACAUUUUAAGUCAACAGUGUACAGGAACAGAGUGCCUUUUGAUAUUUUUGUCAUUGGACUGAAACCCAUAUUCUGGGAGGGAGAGCCCUGCUGCUCACAUCCUACUGCAAAAAAACAUCUCUCAGACUUCUAGAAGUAUUCUCCUAAAGCCUCUCUGAAAUGAGUGGGGGAACCCACAGAGAAGUCAGAAGAGGUCGAGUCCUCCAACAAUGAGGGAAAUGGUGCUUUGCUAGCUGGCAAAGAAGUCACUUGACCAAGAGAUGAACCGCUUUGUGGAAUAAAUUGUAUCUCUGAAGAUCUCCACAACUUUAAAAAAGGAUAUACACACAGCAAGAUGGAGUUUAAAAAGAGGCCUGAAGGAAGAGCUUAUCACGCUAAAACAGGAGCUUAAACGGCAACACUUCAGGUUCAAGGCUUUCACCGCAGCAAAGGAGCGUAGCCCCUUUGAGAACUGGAAGUGAGUAGCGCUGUGACUAAGGAGUCUAUAGAUACUUGUUAGUAGUAGCAGUAGUAGUUACUAGUUAGAUCGUAUAGAUAACUGGUAUAUAUAUUUACAGUUGCAGGAAAAAAUGUCUGACCUGGAAAGUUGAUCCAGGAGAUGUAGCCUAGCAUUUGGAUGUAUGGUGUACUCGAGAACACCAAGGGUGACUCAAUGAUAAAGUUUGUAUGAAACGUUCUGACCACUGAGCUCCUACGACCCGAUAGUAUCUCCCUCCAAAAUGAACGCACCCACAGGACUUUUGACACAGAAGCCAGACCCUGACUCUACACCAAGAUCCAUUAGGGCGGAGCACAGGGUGGUUUCCCUCCACACUCCAGCAGGGAUUUUAGAGGGACGGGGAUCCUUUUACUGUAAGCAACUUUCUCUGUAAUUGUUCUGAUGGUGUUUAUUUGUUUGUUUUCAGUUGAUAAGGGAAAUCUGUUUUUGUAUCUUUCAGUGUGAGAUCAAUGGAUGGUAUUACGUGACAUAAUAUAGUAAUUAAACUUAAGAUGUUGAUGUCAGUGCUGGAUGAAUGUGGGUAAUACCAAUCCAAGUUACAAGAAAUGAAUUACGGGCCUCAUGGCAGAUAUCAAUAGAUGUAAUUUAAUCACCUAUCUAAAUAUUAGUUCAUGUAUAGAUUCCAUGAAGAUAAAUAUAUUACCAAGAUGUUUGUAUUUAUUCCAACCAUUGAAAAAUCUAAGCUGUAUUUUA